CAAAAAUUGUCAAUCAAAAAAGCCCACUACAAUUUGUGCUUCCUAUUUUUGUCACCUUCUUCACCAUUUUUCCCCCACCCACCAACCACCUCUCAGAAUCUCUACAAAAGGAACGAUUAACCAGUGAGAGAGGCGGACGAAGAAAUUCAUCAAUGGAGAACGGUGGGUCGGCGCUGAAAAAUUGGCGCUUCAUUGGAAAUGAAAAGCUGACGCAGGCGUCGGCAAUCACUGUCAGAGGUGUGCUGAACAUGUUAAUGGAGAAUCUAAACCCCGAUGAAGCUAGGCCGGUUAUUCCGCUGGGUCACGGCGACCCUUCCGCCUUCCCUUCCUUCCGCACCACCCCCUUGGCCGAGGACGCUAUCUGCUCCGCCUUGCGCUCCGCCAAGUUCAACGGCUACUCCUCCACCGUUGGUAUUCCUCCCGCUCGCAGGGCAGUGGCAGAACACCUUUCGAAAGACCUUCCUUACAAGCUAUCGCCCGAUGAUGUUUUUCUGACAAUUGGAUGUACACAAGCAUUAGAAGCCAUUGUGACAGUCCUCGCUCGCCCCGGUGCAAACAUAUUACUUCCGAGACCUGGCUUCCCUUACUACGAAGCCAGAGCUGGGUUUUCCGAUCUCGAAGUGCGGCAUUUCGAUCUUCUCCCGGAAAAUAACUGGGAAGUUGAUCUUGCUGCAGUUGAAGCUUUGUCUGACGAAAACACCGUUGCUAUGGUUGUAAUAAAUCCAGGGAAUCCUUGUGGGAAUGUUUUCAAGUAUGAUCACUUGAAAAAGGUUGCGGAGACUGCGAGAAAGCUUGGAAUCUUGGUGAUUGCUGAUGAAGUGUAUGAUCACCUUACGUUUGGAGAAAGCCCGUUUGUUCCAAUGGGGGUAUUUGGGUCAAUUGUUCCGAUAAUUACAGUUGGAUCGAUAUCAAAGAGAUGGAUUGUUCCUGGUUGGAGGCUUGGCUGGCUUGUCACACAUGAUCCUAACGGAAUCUUGAUGAAGCAAGGGAUUGUUGAUAGCAUCAAGGGAUUUCUGAAUAUUACGUCCGACCCAGCGACCUUUAUGCAGGGGGCAGUUCCGGAGAUUCUUGAAAACACCCCGGCUGAUUUCUUUACGAAAAUUGUAAGUACACUUAAAGAAUCUGCAGAGAUAUGCUACGAUCGAAUCAAGGAAAUUCCCUGCAUUACUUGUCCAAGCAAACCCGAAGGAUCCAUGUUUGUCAUGGUAAAACUUAAUCUUUCCCUCCUCGAAGGCUUUAUGGAUGAUACGGACUUCUGCUGCAAGCUAGCUAAAGAGGAAUCCGUGAUAGUACUCCCAGGUGUCGCUGUAGGUCUAAAGAAUUGGCUCCGAAUAACAUUUGCAAUUGAGCCAUCUUCUCUAGACGAUGGCCUUUCAAGAAUGAAAGCUUUCUGUGCGAGACAUGCAAAGAAACAAUAGAAAGUUGUUUCGUUUUCCGUGCAUAAGAUUUGGUGAUUUCAAACUUUGCGUUUGAUCCCAUCUUUCGAUACAUAAGUAUUCGAGAAUAAAUUGCUUCUUUUUUUCUUAAUCGGGAAAUCGAAAGAAGAUGUCGUGUUCUUCUUCGUUUCCUGCUUCUGCCAAACACUUUGAAAACAUGUGCCAAAUAAUAGAAGGCAAGACUUGCUCUACUAUUCUAAUGGAACGCAAUUGUUCUGAAAAUUUGAAUGUUUGUUGCCCUU